ACUCAACGGAGAGUCAAUUGUUCGACGAACGAAAGCUAAGACAGUAUCGUGGCUUGUCAUAGCAUCGGCUCGGUGGAGUACAUUUAUCACAUUAGCUCUAGUUGAAUUGAAAAAUCUAGGUGUAAACAUUUUCCCUGAAAUCUUGCGCGCUAAUUAUAUCAUUCAUUUUAGCACUCAAAUGAUAUGAGAGAUCUAGCUCGUAAGCUAAAGUGGAUUUGUGCUGGUUAUAAUUCUCACAAAAGUUGUGCACUAUGUGUUACGGGCGUGUCAGAAGAAAGUGCGUUCUUUACCAGGUUUACCAUACCACUGGCGGCAUCAUCUCGUCAAAGCAUCGUCUAUUCCACGUCGCCGUCAGUUUGUCGCCAUCACUAGUUGGUAUUGGCGAAUAUGAGAAACCGUGUUCUCACACAACAGUGGUAUCUGUAAUAGAUAUAAUAAUGUAGUGGUUAUGUUUACAAAAGCAAACAUAGCAAAUGGAAUAUAUUUUUUUAUUGAAAAUGUAGGCGCACGGAGCUACAUAUUGAAGCAGUACGAAUCACACAUAACAGCAAAUUCUUCGCAUAGAGAUGGUGUUGCUUUAAUAUAAUAUUUUAGUGUUGUUAGUGAAUACCUAGAGUGUUCAAUGUGAAGUGUGCUACACGACUUACGGAAGAAAAUUCAUAAACAAUGGAAGAAAGUGUUACAAUGAAUAUGUGGCGGUAUUUUCACCAUUAUAAAUGAUUUAAUGAAAUCCUGUAUGUGUGGUAAUCGUGUAUAUUUACUAGACCAUGGUCUAGUAACGUGCUAUAUGUGAACAAAAUACGCACUCGCAAGUUUAACAUCAUGAUACUAUGGGAUGUAUGGAAGAAAUGUAUCAAUUUGCUUCGUGUGGUAACAAUGUGUGUCUACGUGCGUUAUACCGAAUAAAAAUCAAAAGUUCAUUAUUGAACCGCUCCAAACAACAAGGAAAUGUUCAACCAUAGCCAAGCCCUGAAUUGGCUUCAUCUUUUUCAAAGUAAUCAAAUCGUUCACCAAAAAAUGGGAGUGUCUGUACCGCACAUGUUAAGCGCUAUGCUGAAAUUAAAGACUAUCCAGAAAACGGUGAUUGAAUGUCAAGAAAAAAAAUCCUAAACAUCCACAAUGAGUGAAACGGAACUGUGGAGCACAAACGGUGCACCAAAUAAUUUUUUUAAUGAAUGUGAUUUAAGAAGUGAGUGUCUGUGGCAGAACUUGAAAAAUAAUAAUAAGGAGUCAUAUUAUAGGCUAUCUCCGAGCUUAUUUGGUUCAUAUUAUCUUCCUAUUUGUAAGUGUACAUAUUGGUACGACAUCAACAACAGCAUUGUUACUGCUGCAAAUGAUGGUAACAGUACAAGCAAUAGUGAUUGGUUUAACAAUACUGUUAAAGAUUAUCAUAAGGAUAAAAAGAGUGAUAGUGGUUGCUAUGUAGCCAAUGAUAGUCGAUGGAGCAUUGUACAAUGCUUUGCAAAUGAGUACCUGUCGGGUGCAAGGAAACAUAAUCGUUCUAGUUUGUGGAAACGGUGGCGAUGGAAAAAAAUGUCGUCAUUCGGAAAAGCACUUUUAUUCUAUUGCAUAUUCUCUAUAAGUAUCAACGUCACUGCAUCCCAAGACAUAGAUGCUUUACAGACUACAACCCGGAUAACUGCAUCGCAGCCAAAUGAAGAUGCCUUCAUAAUGAGUCCUGGAGAAGUCUGUUCGAGCGUGGAUGUGCGGAACACUCCACAUCAUCUGGAUCGACUAAGAAACUGUCGGGUGGUUGAAGGAUUUGUGCAAAUUAUGCUUAUUGACAAAUAUGGCAACGACAGUUUUGAUAAUUACACCUUCCCACUGCUGACGGAAAUCACAGGCUAUCUGCUGUUAUUUCGCGUAAACGGUCUGCAAACUUUAGGGCAACUAUUCCCUAACCUUACUGUUAUUCGAGGAAGUGAACUGGCCAACAACUAUGCUCUUGUAGUGUACGAGUUAAUGCACAUAAAGGAGUUGGGGCUAACUUCACUAAUAGACAUUCAACGUGGUGGCGUGCGCAUCGAGAAGAAUCCUAAUUUAUGCCAUGCAGAUACAAUUGAUUGGAAAGCUAUAGCGCCUUAUGGUGAAAACUGGAUUAAAGGUAAUCAAGAUGGAAACGAAUGCACCACUUGCCCGAGUAACGUCACCGUUUCAUUACCAAGCGGUAUAACACAGACGAUUCGAUGUCCCUUGAGAGACGUAAAUCGCCUCAUUCAUAACGAAAAAGCAAGUCAUCUGUGUUGGUCAACUAAUCACUGCCAGCAAAAAUGUCCGGCACAUUGUCCAAAGUCAUGCAAUAAAACAGGUGAAUGCUGUAGUACAUCCUGCCUUGGUCAAUGCAGCAUUGAAAACAAAUCACACUGUAUGGUGUGUCGAAAAUACUAUUACAUUCACAACAACCAAACUAGAUGUGUAGACAAAUGUCCGGAUCACAUGUUUCUCUUCAGUGAAAGUCGAUGUUUAACGGAAGAAGAAUGUUACAAAAUAUAUAAACCCCUUCAGCGCAUAGCCGAUAUCACCGACAACUAUCCGUAUGUCCCUGCACAGGGUGAAUGCAGACUCGAUUGUCCCUUAGGAUACACUCUGACACGCGCUACUGCAUCGCAACGAUUGACCUGUGUUCCAUGUAAGGGCCCGUGUCGCAGCGAAUGCAAGGGAAUGGUCAUUGAAAGCAUAUCGCAAAUGCAACAAUUGCGCGGAUGUACGAUCAUUCAAGGAUCACUUUCGAUUAGGCUGCGCCAACUUGGAGGAGAAAACGUUGUGCGUGAAUUGGAGAAAGUACUUUACUCAAUCGAAGAGAUCUAUGGUUACUUAACCAUUGUUCGUUCAUACGCCCUAAUGUCGUUGGGAUUUUUUCGAAAUCUUAAAAUUAUUCAUGGAACCGUUUUAAACGCGAAUCUGUCUUUGAGUGUGAUCGACAACCAGAACCUUCAGGAGCUAUGGAAUCAAAAUGUUACCAUUAAACGUGGCAAUGUUCGUUUUAAUGACAACCCUAUGUUAUGUGUUAAGAAGAUUACUUCUUUGAAAAGUCAUUUUGAUGAAGGUGUAGGCAUUGAAAAUGAAGAACAGUUAAACAAGACCAAUGGAGUCCGAGUGGCGUGUGAAAUAAAGAAACUCAACACACACCCGACUAAAAUUUCGUUGGAAUUAGCUGUCAUUCAGUGGGAUGCAUUUAAGGACCUACCCGAUAUGAGACAGUUACUCGGCUAUGUUGUAUACUAUAUUGAAGCACCACACGAAAAUGUUACGUUUUACGAUGGACGAGAUGCCUGCAAUUCUCAGGGAUGGCGAGUCGACGACGUAGCGUACAUACAGGAAAAUGAUGAUGCGACCCAUAUUCUAACGAAACUGCAAGCUUUUACACAAUAUGCAUAUUAUGUUAAAACGUACACGCUAUCUUCAGAGAACUUAGGUGGACAAACGGAUAUCACAUAUUUUCGAACAUCUCCUGGGACACCGAGAAUCGUUAGAGAUUUACACGUUUACAUAGAUAAUGACACACUGAUUGUAUCAUGGCAGGAGCCAGCCAAAAUCAAUGGAAAACUAUCAGCUUACAGAAUUGGCGCUACACUAAAUGACGAGCGUAAUGAAAUGAUCAAACAAAGAAAUUAUUGUCACGAUGAAAUUGAAAAACCCUCGUCUAAGCCAAACAUUCCCGCAGAGAGCACAUCAAUUGCUACCACGGUAGUUCCGGCCAAAGACAACCAAAAUCAAUGUUCCAAGGAGGAGUGUGAGGCUUUCUGCAAAACAUCAAGCAUUUCAGAGUCAGAUAGCGGUCCGAAAAUAGAUAUAAAUGAAGUGGAGAUGUCAAUAGGUUUCGAAGACUGGUUACAUAAUUAUGUGUAUAUCAAAAAUCCAAAGUCCAGUCGAAAACGAAGGGAAGAUGGUAGCAGUAGUGUUUCAAUUCCGGUUGGGAACAAUUCAUACAUAUUUCCAUCAAACACUGAGAAUGCACCCAAGCAAUCUUCAAAUUAUCCUAUCCGAAAAGAACCCAACGAAGAGUAUUACCGCAGUCUAGGAGCUACAACUAAUCAAACAAGAAUAACGUUUCCUCUGUCACAUUUCAAACAUUUCGCUCUUUACUCGUUCCGGGUACUCGCUUGUCGUGAACCGGCCGCCAAAGUUCCUGGUGUUGUGGUGCAAGAUAUAGCGGAUGCUUGUGGCCCAGAAGCGAUGUUUAUAUACCGCACACCAACUAAACCUAAAGCGGACGAUAUUCCAAUAGAUUCUAUAGAACUAGACGAUCAGUCUAAUCAUACGCAACGGGUUAUUCGUGUACGAUGGAAAAGUCCCUCAAAGCCCAACGGAGUGUUAGUGUCUUACUCGAUUAAGUACCAUCGAACUGACCUAGACUCAGUUCAGCCCACCGUGCGCUGUGUGACAGUGGAUGUGCACACACUUCUUGGAUAUGCUUUACUGACAAAACUAGAAGCAGGCAACUAUAGUGUUCGCAUUAUGGCUACAACAACGGCAGGCAAUGGUCCAUAUUCUCCGCCAAAAUUUCUGUAUUUAGAAAAACGCGACACAGAUUCUACCGUUGUAACCUGGUGGGUAAUAACUGCGACAAUAGUAAUUAUUAUGCUUUUGGUCAUAGGUGUCGUCUACUAUUUGAAGCACAACUACAUACCGAUGUCCAACAUGCGGUUGUUUGCACAGGUCAAUCCCGACUAUGCCGGAGUAACCUACAAAGUAGACGAAUGGGAAGUUCCCCGCGAACACAUAAUCCAACUAGAAGAGCUUGGACAAGGCUCAUUUGGUAUGGUUUAUAAAGGAAUCAUGACCAAACUCGGGAACGAUGUUAAUGUACCUUGUGCCAUUAAGACAGUAACGGAAAACGCCACCGAGCGAGAGCGCGAUAGUUUUCUCAUUGAAGCAACAAUUAUGAAAGAAUUUCACACCCAUCACGUUGUACGUCUUUAUGGCGUUGUAUCUGUUGGUCAACCGACGCUUGUGAUAAUGGAGCUGAUGGCAAAUGGUGACUUGAAAAGCUAUCUCCGGCGUCAUCGGCCGGACUACGAAAAUGGCGAGGAGUCGUCCCCGCAACCUCCAACACUCAAACAGAUUUAUCAAAUGGCUAUAGAAAUUGCAGACGGCAUGGCAUACCUGGCCGCAAAAAAAUUUGUCCAUCGCGACUUAGCCGCUCGGAAUUGUAUGGUAGCCGAAGAUCUGACAGUAAAAAUAGGUGAUUUUGGCAUGACACGCGACAUAUACGAAACUGACUAUUAUAGAAAAGGAACAAAAGGUUUUUUGCCAGUAAGAUGGAUGGCUCCAGAAAGUUUAAAAGAUGGAAUGUUUUCGAGCAGCAGUGAUGUAUUUAGCUAUGGCGUUGUUCUUUGGGAGAUGGCAACGCUAGCCUCCCAACCUUACCAGGGACUGACUAAUGAUCAAGUAUUGCGGUACGUGAUUGACGGUGGAGUAAUGGAACGUCCGGAAAACUGUCCAGAUAAGCUUUAUGAACUAAUGCGAAUCUGUUGGCAACACCGAGCUUCGGCGAGACCUUCAUUUAUAGAUAUCAUUCGUAUGUUGUUACCCGAUGCUAACGAUAAUUUUAAAAGGGUGUCUUUCUUUUUCUCGCCGGAUGCUAUGGAUAAUUCUAUCCAGCCUGGAAAUGAAUUGUUAGAUGAUGUUACCGAACCGUUGCGUGCUAAUGACGACGGUUUCGAAGAAGAUGAGGAUGAUGCAUAUUCUAUCGAAUUGACGGACAGCCGACUAAUGCACAAUAAUGGUCCUAAACCAGACAUUCGCUCACCCCAUUCACCUCAGAGGUGAGCAAACGCUCCAGGGUGCUCAGCAUUCAUUUGGUUUACGAAUAUUUAGCCACGUUAAAAACAAACAAAACAUAUCGGCCAACACCAGUCAGGAAAGCCGAAAAUGAAGGUAAUGACGAAAUGCGAUAACGAUUCAAGUAAUGGAAGGAGGUCGGUGGUAUUGAUUAAACAAGUGGAAACACGUGGUGCCAACAAGCAUCUCUUCGCGAGGGUCGCAUGGAACAUCGCUUAACAAUCUAUUACACUGUAGCACAAACGCAUCUAAAUAGAUGCAUCGUAUCCAACAAUUGAGCUCUUGGCAAAGGGUCUAAGAACAUUGUAACAGGUUACAUUAUAGUUACAGAUUACAUUGCAUUCUCGUGA